UCAUGGACAACAAGUCAAAUACAUCUGCUUAACAGAAUGUGGCUAUUUUGGGCUCAGAAUGGUGAUAUGAUUAUUUUUGUUGCUUUUUGUUUAUACUUAUGUCUAUCUUUGGCAGGGAGAAAAGCAGAAGACAAAACCUGAGAAAUCCAUGUUUUAUCAGUUGCAGUGGACAAGGAUUCCACCCAAGGUUGUUGGCCAGUGGAAUACAUGUUCUCUGUUUCUCAGGUUGUACAUCUCCAAGAAAUUCCUGAAAAUUAACUUUUACUCUUGGGAGAAAAACGAGGACAGCAAAAAGAAAUCAACUAAAACACCUAGAAAUAAUGCUCAUUCCGCAACAGAAAGUAUUUUUUUCGCACAAAUGUGUUUUUCCUUUAAUACCAAAUGUUCAAAAUAUUUUCUUAACAGACUGUCUCUCAACUUGCUUUUGUCACCUUACUUUCAUUUAGUAAGGCAAUAAUUUCAAAUGGAAAUUUUAACUUUUGCCACUGGGCACAAACUGGAUAAAACGUCCCGCUCAUAUAUGUUGGAAAUACUUGAUUAAAUGUUAUUUGUGGCUUGGGAAACAACUUAAUUUUUAAGAAUAGCUGUGUCACUCAAAGGUGCUAAUCAUCAAUAUGGGCAAAGGAGUCUAGGCUGGGAAGGAGACACAUUUUUCUGACUCACGUUGCAUGGGACCACAUGUAGGUCUCUGGUUUAUUUGUGGAAGAUGGAGGGAAACAGUUUCCGCUGUUGUCACGCUCUCCUGCCAUAGAUGGUAGGUGGAUGCAUGGGAGAAAGGAACAGUUUAAAUUACAGCAAAACUUUUCCUCAAGUGUUUAUUUUCGAACACUUGCAUGUCACGAAGGCCGGUCUCAUGAUUUUAAACAAAACCCAAUGUCAUUGCUUCCAUGAGGUUAAAAUGAAGUGCAAACUGAGGAUUACAAUGACUUUGCCUCCAACAGAAGGGAGGUCAGGCAUCGCUUUGGACUGAAGCUUGUCUCCAUGGAGCACAGACAGCAGCUGAUGCUUGACCUUUAAAUUGCCCAGAGCCGCCACAAUUUUGGGGAAGUGGCAUUUGUCAGAUGGCCAAAGAGGGUGAUGGAAAGGCCAGGCUGGUGGCCGGGCGCAGCCACGGACAGGUCAGAGGAAAGGUGUUUCCUUACAGUGAAGCUGUCCAUGGGGUGGGAGAACCCCAGUGAAAUGGCUAUGGAUGGAAGUGCUGCCUUGGGAUGAGGCCAAGGGGCAGGUGCAGAAAGCGGGACGCUGUGAAGGGAGAUGUCUGCAGGGAACGAGAGGUGUGUUCCGGCUGCAGGUGAGGUGGCAAUGGGGGCUGUGAGGGGACCGGGCAGCAGCAGCCACCAGCCCCGGAGCAAGAGCUGAGAGACCCGGCCCGGCCGGGCUGCUCCUCCCGAGUCUCUGAGGGAUGGAGACAGAGAGAGGGGGAGGAGGGAGGAAGGGAGGGAGGGAUGAGGCGGUGGAAGCCCUCUCCCUGGGCUGGUUGAGGGGUGGGAGGGAAGGGAGGCAGCUCCUGAGGAGGGGAGGAGAAGAAGAGGCAGAGAGGGGAUGUUGUUAAACAGUUUCUUACCGUAAGAGGGAGUUGGGACCCAGAUCUUUCCAGUUAAUCACACAACAAACUUAGAUCAUCGCAAUAAAAACCUCGGCUCACUCUGCCUCCUCGAGUGACCGGCGGUGCACGGGGUCCCUCCGAGCAGCCAUCUCCCCUUCUCCUCCCCGCCAGCCGCCGGGGGGGGCCGCCGGCACCAUGCGGGCCACCCACCUCCUGCCAGCCUUGCUGCUCCACCAGCUGCUGCUGCUGCCCACCGCCAUCCCCGCGGCAGAGGGUAAAGGAAAAAAGAGAAAUCCUCUUCAUGACUUCAAAAAAACAGGAGAGUUGAUGCUCAUUAAAGUAAACAAAACACUGGAAGUAAAAACGAAGCUGUUAAAUACCACAGAGCAAUGUGCAAAGAGAUGCAGCAGGAACAAGGGCCUUUCCUUCACUUGCAAGGCCUUUGCUUAUGACAGAGUUACAAAACGGUGCCAUUGGUUAUCCUUCAACAGCUUGACAAAUGGUGUGAGAAAGAAGCAAGACCAUGCGUUUGAUCUGUAUGAAAAGAAGGAUUAUGUCAGAAAUUGUAUCAUUGGAAAAGGAGCAGACUAUAAAGGAACUGUAUCUGUUACCAGAAGUGGUAUCCAGUGUCAGGCCUGGAAUUCAAUGAUCCCCCAUGAGCACAGCUUUUUGCCUUCGAGCUAUCGGGGAAAAGACCUGAGGGAAAACUACUGUCGAAACCCCCGAGGGGAAGAGGGAGGCCCCUGGUGUUUCACCACCAGUCCAGAGACUCGCCACGAAGUGUGUGACAUCCCUCUCUGCUCAGAAGUUGAAUGCAUGACCUGCAAUGGAGAGAGUUACAGAGGGCCAAUGGAUCACACCGAGACAGGCAAGGAGUGUCAGCGCUGGGAUCUUCAGAGACCACACAAGCACAAAUUUCGUCCAGAGAGAUAUCCUGACAAGGGCUUUGAUGAUAAUUACUGCCGCAAUCCUGAUGGCAAGCAGAGACCGUGGUGCUACACUCUUGACCCUAACACCCCCUGGGAGUUCUGUGCAAUUAAAACGUGUGAGGAAAGCUUGGUGAACAGCACGGAGGCAGCAGCAGAGACGACGACGUGUGUCCGGGGACAGGGGGAGGGCUACCGCGGCACCGUCAGCACCGUCUGGAACGGAACCCCGUGCCAGAGGUGGGACUCCCAGUUCCCUCACAAGCACAACGUCACCCCUGAGAACUUCAAAUGCAAGGAUUUGAGGGAGAACUACUGCCGAAAUCCAGAUGGAUCUGAAUCACCCUGGUGCUUUACCACUGACCCAAAAACCCGCACUGCUUAUUGCUCCCAGAUCCCCAAGUGCGAUGUAUCAAACGAGCAAGAUUGUUAUCGUGGCAAUGGCAAGAGUUACAUGGGGAAUCUAUCCAAGACAAGAUUUGGGCUCACUUGCUCUGCAUGGGACAAAAAUAUUGAAGACUUACGUAGGCAUAUACAAAUAUUCAGAGAACCAGAUGUUAGUAAACUGAAGAAGAACUAUUGCCGCAAUCCAGAUGAUGACUUUCACGGUCUCUGGUGUUACACAGAUGAUCCUCUUGUUCCCUGGGAUUACUGCCCUAUUUCUCGCUGUGAAGGUGAUACAACUCCUACUACAACCAGCUUCGAUGAUACUGCCAUUCCCUGUGCCUCAACAAAACAUUUGAGAGUUGUAAAUGGAAUCCCAACACAAACUAACGAAGGAUGGGUGGUUAGCUUGACGUACAGGAAUAAGCAUAUCUGUGGUGGUACUUUGAUAAAAGAAGAGUGGGUUCUUACAGCAAGGCAGUGUUUCCCUUCUCGGUACAAAGAUUUGAAAGACUACAAAGCCCUGCUUGGAGUCCAUAACAUCAAAGGAAAGGGAGAGGAGAAGCGUAGACAAGUCCGGAAUAUCUCCCAGUUGGUGUACGGCCCCCCAGGGUCAGAUUUGGUCUUACUGAAACUCAGCAGACCUGCUAUAUUGACAAAUUUUGUAGAAAUAAUCCGACUGCCCAUUUCUGGAUGUACCAUUCCAGAGAAGACCAGCUGCAGUGUUUAUGGAUGGGGAUACACUGGAUUGGCUAAUUAUGAUGGCCUUCUCCAAGUAGCAAACCUGUUUAUUUUGGGAAAUGAGAAAUGCAACCAAUAUCUGAAAGGGAAGAUUACUGUGAAUGAGUCUGAAAUCUGUGCUGUGGCUGAAACCAUAGGUGCUGGGCCUUGUGAGCGAGAUUAUGGUGGUCCUUUGGUUUGUGAACAAAACAGGCUGAAGAUAGUAAUUGGUGUCAUUGUUCCUGGCCGUGGAUGUGCCAUUCGAAAUCGUCCCGGGAUUUUUGUUCGCGUCUCGUAUUAUUCCCGGUGGAUACACAAGAUUAUGAUGACCUACAGAAAACCCUGAAAAGUCAACAACUCCCACCGGAAGACUUUGGAAAGCAUGUAAUUAAUCUGUAAUGUAAAGGUCAACAAUUUUUUAAGUACUUGAUAGUCAAGUUUGUUGAGCUUCUUUUAAUAUUUAUGGAUGUUUUUGGUGUUUUUGUCUACCAGUGUUGUUUUAUAAAUGUUGGAGUGACUUACAGUAUAUGCAAGUAUGGUGACAUAUCUCCUGAAGAUACUUGAAUGGAUAAACAAUUUUGCAAAGACAUUACUGGAUGAUAAAUGGUUUUGUAGAAAUAGAUCAUAUGACCUCUUUAAUGCUGCUCUUCAGAUUAUCUUAGAAGGCCAAACACAUUAUAGUUCUACUUAACACAUCUUAUUCUUUCUAUGAGCCAUAUAUUUCUCUUCAUAUAUAACAAAAGCCCUACUGAGAGAUAUAUGCAUCUGUCACUGACAGCAUUUAUGAUCAUAUUUCUCUUCCCCCUUAUAAGAGGUCAAAGAUUUCAGUAUUUUAUUAAAAAAUCAUAUCUUUAGUAAGUAAACUUUUCAUUAUUUGUUGGACUUUGACAAGCCUGCCAUAAGCAGAGUUCUUGUAGAUGUCACUACCACUUUCUUUUACUCAGUGCUUACAGACUCUAGUUCUGCACUUGGUUCCUUCCCUGUAUAUGUAGGCCUCUAACAGAUAUCUCAAACCCCAUUUUGGUUAGCAAACUAUUGAUAAUUUUUUUAAAGUCUGAGCCUGAAAUAACUGUGGAGUUACAAUGCUAAAGACAGCAUCUUGUACAGUUUGAAAAGGUAAUCCUGAUUAGCUAUUGGAAGACUUAGGAUGUUAAAAGAAAUUUAAAUCAGAUGUGCCCAAAUCUCUCUAAACAGACAAAUAUUAAAAAUUCACUUGGUUCUAGUUAUUUCAUGAAACUCGGCAUUUACAGCAAGAAAAAGAACAGUUCAACCUAGCACCUGGCUGAGAGACUUAAGACUGUAAGUUACACAUUAAUAGUUUUUCAGAGAGUUGGGAACUUUAAUAAAACUUUAACUAGAUUUGGAAAAAAUCCUAUCCUUUGUAUAAUUCCUUUCAGGAUAAUAAAAAAAUCAAUUACAGAGAUUGUUAUGAUCUUGUAUUUAAUAUUGACAACAUCAUGGAUAGUUUAGUUGCUUGUUUCCUACCUAUAUAUAGGACAAUCAUUUUCCUUUAUGCUGACAGGGAAAGGGAACAAAAAAUCAUCAUCUACAAAAAGUGCUUGUUCUUCUGUAGGCAUUUAGUUUUAUGUCUGGAAAUACUGUACAAAUAUGUUGUAAUAGGUGGCACUGAUUACCCUUUAAUUUCUGGAAAAUUGAUAUGACAUAUAUCCAAUUGUUAGUUUUACUACUGUACAUAUAAUUGCAUAAGUAACAGCACUGUUGCUUCACUUGAGACUGUGUAAAUUGUAAAUGUUUCCAGUAGUGUUUGGUCUAACUGCAUAGCCACGAGGCUGACCCCAUGGUGUAACAUACAAAAGGACAUUUCAUGCAGAAGAUGCAGGUUUGAAUUCUGCCCUGUCAGAAAGCAACCACUUCAGGGGAGAUGUCUUGGCUCACCAAAUUUUCUUCAGCAGUGCACUUUGACUUCAAUGGGACCCAAGUAUGCUGACAUCUGGUGAGCUGGGAUGGGUUUCAGCCCACACUUAAGUGGCUUGGCUUGCUGAGAUUUGUGUCACAUAUCCAGCGGAUUCUACUGGCACGCAGGAAGAGACGUCUUUCAGCAAGCAGAGCUCCUGAAAUUCUUCCUGAUGUAAAUAGUCUCUUUGGACAAGAUGUGACUUCUCUGUACAGCAGAUUCAAGGUUGUGGAUGCUACACAGACAGUCUGUCUCCAUCUAUUCUGGCCACCUCUGAAGGCUUUGUGCUACCUUUGGCCUCUCUUACUUAGCAGCCCUAAAGAGGGCAGGAUUUAGCCUGUUGUAUUUACACUUAAUUAUUGUCAUGUAGGUGAAGAGUGUAUUCCUACGAAGUAUAUACUGACCAUAUCUUAUUGAAAGGAUUACAUUUUUAAGAAAGACUUGAAAAACUCCAAGUGAGUUUUGUUUUCAGCCACAAGUAGAAUGUGGAUAAAAUAUACAAUUCCAUGUUCACUCUUUGUAUUCUAAGAAUUGUUAUGUGCUCACUGUAUUAUAUUUGCAGGCAUUUUGUUAUGUCUAUCUAAAAAAAUCAAAUCCUAAAAUAUUUUAGUUAUAAGCUUCUGCUGUGCAGAAGACUGUGAUUUUUAUAUAUAUAUAUAUAUAUCACACACACACAUAUAUAUAUGAUAAAAAUACUGGGUUUUGUUAGACAGUGUGUAAGGAUUUUUACCUGUUUGUUCUGGGCAGUGCCUCAGUAAAAUAAAUUUUGCUGAGUUGAUGCUCCAGAACAUAACAAGUUUGUAUGCACUUGCUUACCAGGUACUUUUGCUCUCCCUGUCUCAGAAUGGAGGGCACCUGAGAUCCUGAAGAGCAAGGGAAGAGAAGAAUAAUGACAUGUGGUAAUGAAUCUGUACUUCAUUUAUUCCUGUGAAUAUUUCUUGUUGGUACCAAUGGUACCGUACCAGGCAACUGUUAUAACUACAGGACUCUCUUAAGAAAGGACACCCUAUAGGUAUUUUUUCACUGUUCUAAUUUUUUUUUUCUGUGUUAUAACAAGGGAACCUGAUCUAGUGCCCAUCUAAAUUGCUGAAAAGCCUCUUACUAACCUCAGUGGGAUUUGAAUUUUACUUCAUAAAUGUGAUUUUAAUAAGAUUAGAAUAAGGGGUACAGAACCGAAAUUCUUAUCUAAGGACAUUCUUAAACUUCACUGAAUUUCAUUUUCAUUCUCCUUGCUGUAACUAAUCCUUUAUCUCUAAAAGGUGUAAUGUCUGGAUAUAAAAUUCUGGAACUAAAACCUGAGAGCUGAUUUGGUGCAAUUGAAGUUAGUCUAAUUUAAUCACUAUUUUCUUUGGGCAUUGGAACUGUCUAACACUUCUUCCUUUUGUUAAAGAAAACAUUUUCCCUUAAAAAAGUUCCCCCUAUCUCUUUUCUCUCAUUAACCUCAUGACCCUCAGAGAAAAAUACAGCUCUCAUUGGGAAUGUACUGGUCUAGAUUUUUGCUGCUACUGCUGAAAUCUUCUUCUCUAGUGUAGGAUUUAAAUUCUCUGAGGCAUUCUGCAAUCCCUUCCUGCAGGUGAUGCCAAUGUACUUGACAGAGCUACUCACUUGAGUUAGAGCUUUUCAUAUGAGGGUCCAAACAUAUUUAUGGGGGUUAAAAUCUACUCAGGCAAAAUGUCCCUUGAAUUCAGUGAAUGUGAUUGUCAAAAGAGCAGGGCCUAAGAGUUGUUCAAUACUUUUCCACAAGGUUCCUUGUACACAGAUUCUCAGCUCCAAGGCAACCUCAGCAGGAGUAGAGGCUUUGUCAUCAUCCCUCUGGAAAGCUGGUUGUAAACCAGUAGACCCCCAUGGAGACUGUAUGAAGCCUAUUGGAUUGUUUAUUUAGCCUUGUCUCCUUAUCAAUUAUUUUCUUCCUCCCUCAUGUGCACUGGUAUAUUACUGGGUUUUUUUAAUGUUGGGGCUGCUGGCAGGAACUGACAUGGCUUUUCACCCUAAAAUUUUCCAGUGUUCCUUUUAAACAUACCCUUGGGCAUUUAUGUAUGGUGUUUUCUUGUAUGGGAUCUAACUUCAGGGAGCUGCCUGUGGAGUUUAGGGUAUGAUAAAAGUAUUUUUUCUUAUUUAAGUGGGAAAAAUAAUGCUCUCAUUAAGUACAACUUGCUGAAUGCCUAAUGAAAAGGGAACACUGUGGUUAUAACUUGUAAUACAAAUCUUCUGUAAUUAACAUCUUCAUUAGUUAAUAAAGUUGGUAUUUUUGUAACCUUGUUUACUCUUAUUAUUCUUAAUAAAGUAUUUUAUA